CCCGGACGGGUGGGUCGGGAAGGCUGCCUCUUCCUCUUUUCUCCUUUCUCCUCUCGGGUUCCUGCCCGGAGAGCCGCUGCGAUUCCCUAAGGGUGUUGCGAUCUGCUGAUCUGCCUGCGGCCGAGGCACGCGUGGAUCCAAGCUGGUCUGAGGAGAAGCAGAACUGAGCGUAGCUGGGAGUGCAGCCUGGGGGCCCCAGUGCCGCACACCUGGCCAUGCAUUACCCAGCGGUGCUGCUGCUUCUCCUGCCCGGCGGGGUCGAGGCCUUUCGCAUCUGUGCCUUCAAUGCCCAGCGACUGACGCUCACGAAGGCGGCCAGGGAACAUGUGAUGGACACGUUGGUCCGGAUCCUGCUUCGCUGUGACAUCAUGGUGCUGCAGGAGGUGGUGGACUCUACCGGCAGUGCUAUGUCCCUCCUGCUUCGAGAACUCAAUCGAUUUGAUGAGCCCGGGCCCUACAAUGUCCUGAGCAGCCCCUUGCUGGGGCGGAGCACAUACAUGGAGAAGUACGUGUACGUCUACCGAUCACACAAGACACAGGUCCUGGAUUCCUACGUGUACGAGGACGAGGAUGAUCUCUUUGCCCGGGAGCCCUUUGUGGCCCAGUUCACCUUCCCCAGCAAGGUCCUCCCCCGCCUGGUGCUGGUCCCGCUGCACACCACUCCAAAGGCCGUAGAGAAAGAGCUGAACGCCCUGUACGACGUGUUUCUGGACGUCUCCGAGCGCUGGCAGAGCAAGGACAUGAUCUUGCUUGGGGACUUCAAUGCUGACUGCGCCUCGCUGACCAAAAAGCGCUUGGGCGAGCUGGUGCUGCGGACUCAGGAGGGCUUCCAGUGGGUGAUCCCCGACGAGGAGGACACCACGGUGCGCGCCAGCACCCACUGCGCCUAUGACCGCAUCGUGCUGCAUGGCGAGCGCUGCCAGAGCCUGCUGCGCUCCGCGGCCGCCUUUGACUUCCCCAGGAGUUUCCGACUCACCGAGGAUGAGGCCCUCAACGUCAGUGACCACUACCCCGUGGAAGUGGAGCUGAGCCGAGCGGCGCGCAGGGCCCAGCCCCUUGGCCUGGCGGCCGCCCUGCUGCUGCUGCUGCUGCUGCUUCCCUAGCAGGGCCUGGGGGCCCGAGGCAGCCUGGGGCCUGCUGCCCACAGACGUGAGGACGGUGCUGCCUUCAGGACUCCAAUCCUGGUCUGUCUGCUCUGGGACUGCCCGGGGCCCAGACACCUGGAGGGUGCAACCGCAGCCCUCCUCCAUCUGACUGGAGCCCCACCCCAUGGGACUGCAGCUCUCCUCUGUCUCUUAGGUUUGGCUUGCAUUCUCUGAUUGGGCUCCUGGCUGGCAUUAGAAUGUAGAAGAGGAAGAAGGCAGGGAGGGGCCCGGAGGCUAGACCCGAGCCACUGUGCCCCCAGCUACUGUCAGGAGUGCGGACAGAGCAGGCUCUGGGGCAGGGGAAGGGGGAAAGAAAGCCCAGGUGAUUUUGGCUAAACUGCAGGGCUCAGAAAAGGGAAUCACAACAGACCCAGUGAUUUUAUUCUAUGACAAAUAGGAAACUUACACACUGAGAACAAAAAGCUAAAUUGUGGGGAUGUCACCUGUGUAGCUGAUACAUCAAAGGACCGUUUUCAUAGACUCCAGCAAAACAAGGAGCGAUAAGCAGUGUAGACACACACAGUAACUAGCAAAAAGAAAAUGUUUCAAACAGCCCCGAUGCUUGCUGUGCGUGCUGCCGAGCCCAAAUUUGUAGCCUUCUUGCAACCCAGCCUCACUCCACCCAGGGUCACUCCAGUGGCUGUCAGGGCUCCGGUUGUCCACAGGAAACAUCUGUAUGCAACACUUACUUUGUAACUCUAACAGUAACUGUGUACACGUUGUGCAGCUCAAGGGGCUGCCAGACAGGAUACACAGCAAAAUGCCAUCAAAGGACUCUAUUCAGGGUGUUGGUAUCACAGAACCUUUCCUUCUCCAGCCCCUUUCCAGAGUACAGAGCUCAGUAAAACCACCUAGCAGGGUAUCAGGGCACUUACGCACAAAUGUUUACAGUUGAGAACCACCUCAAGGUCAAAAAUAAAGGUGGGGCACCUGGGUGGCUCAGUUAAGCGUCUGACUGCA